CCCUACACUGAGGUCGACAUCAUUGAUGUCUUCGACAGAUUGUCCGCAGAUAUCGUCACAACGUGUUUGUAUAGCUUUAAACUGAAUCCAUGGGCCGAUACGAGUGCUAAUCAGUUUGUGGUGAACGCCACCCACACAUUCACUCCGAGUCGACUGCGCCUAUUGCUGUACACACUAUUACCUAAAUAUAUGCUGACCGCCCUGGGAGUCAAACACCCGGUGCGGGACUCGGCCAAUGAGUACUUCAUUUCGAUGACCCGUCAUAUAAUUGCUGAGAGAAAGCGAAAUACGAGUAAUAAUUACAACGAUUUCAUAGACUUAGCCAUAAAUGCGGAAAAUAAUAACAUAGAGAGUGACAGUCAGGACACUGGUGACCACAAUAUAAGUGCCACAAAUGGUUCAAAUGGUGUUAAGAAAGGCAUCAAAAGAGGGGACAGUUAUAUGUCUGAAGACGAGGCAUUGGCCAACAGUUCAAAUGGUGUUAAGAAAGGCAUCAAAAGAGGGGACAGUUAUAUGUCUGAAGACGAGGCAUUGGCCAACAGUUGGGUAUUCAUAAACAGUGGGUGCAAAGUGAUCGCCACAACCCUUGUAUUCAUAGCCUACGAGUUAGCCCUACAUCCCAAUCAUCAGCAAAGACUAUACGAAGAAGUGAAGGGCUGUGUCGGCACUGGAGAUAAGGAAAUAGACUUCGAGUCCAUAUCACAGAUGCCUUUUCUCGAAGCCGUCAUCAAUGAGUCUCAACGCCUGCACACCAUUUCCAUACGUAUGAGACGUAUGGCUGUAACCGACUAUGAGUUGGGCGACACCGGUAUCACCAUUCGUAAGGGCGAUACGGUUGAUAUCCCAAUAUAUGCGAUACACCACUACGAACAGUAUUAUAGGAACCCCAAUGUUUUCGAUCCCUACAGGUUUAUGCCCCACAAUCGGGACAAACUGUAUUAUAGGAACCCCAAUGUUUUCGAUCCCUACAGGUUUAUGCCCCACAAUCGGGACAAACUUGUGCCCAACACAUACAUCCCUUUUAGUUUAGGUAACCGUCAGUGCAUUGCUAUGCGAUUCGUGUUACUAGAGCUGAGGCUCACUCUUAUUAAUCUCAUACUCGAGUACCGGUUCGUCACAACCGUCCACACCGACCGUCCCCUACGACUACUGCCGAGUAGUUUUCAACACUCACCACAACGUCUACUGUUAGGCCUGGAAAAGCGCGUUGAAGCCAAUAUUGAACGUACAGCUAAUGCCUCGGAUAUAAAUUAUAAAGAAAUAUAA